UCAAAAUUUUCUCUGUUUCCGCGUUUCCCAAAUGUUUUCCUCUCGCAAUGAUUUAUUUCACGCAGGUAAACACAAAUUUAAUUAAGAGACACGGGAUUAGGAUUUAUGUCCCGCGCCAAUCCGCACCCACAGAGACGCGCAUGAAAACAGAUAAAGGAAAAUGGGUUUCCCGCACCGCGUUUAUGAGUAAAAAUGAUCUAAUCUGAUACAAAAAAACAAACAGUCCUCAAACCAUUGGCGUAUCGCGCGAAAUUUCCCUGGUCGAAGGCGUCGCGACGUCGACGUGAAUCGGAUACGCCUCUGACGGCUUCCUCAGAUAUAUAAGAAUCAGGGAAUCCAGAAGAUCUUCAUCAAAGAUGCGUCGGAUCUGCAUCUUGGUGGUUCUGGUGAUGCUGGGAUGGUCGUCGGCGGCGGUGGCACGACGUCGCGACGUCGUCCCUGCAUUCGUCGCCCUCGACACCGCUCUCUCCUACUUCUUGGAAAACCACGAUUCAAUUAACAUCGACGGACUCUUCGGCGUCGUCUUCGGCCAGGCCCAUCUGCAGAGCCUCCUCGCGGACGACCUGAGUAACUACGACAGGAAGCUGGUGAAGUACUUGAAGCACAAAGCGGACACAAUCUAUUACAGCGCGAAGCCUCGUCUCUACAAUCCGGACAACUUCAAGCACAACCUCUUUGUCGAGAAGAUUUUGGUGCCGGAUCUGUGGACGCGCGACAUACGUUACCGACAUCUCCCGGAGAAGUUCGUGCCCGAGAUCGAGUUCGAUUCUGCAUCCGAAUACAUGGACUACCUGAGUACCAGCAACAUCUCCGAAACCAAAUCGGAUUCUUGCCUGAUCGAGCUGAUAUCCGGCCCGAAUUCCGUCCCGCACAACUGCUCCGUCUCGGAAGACUGCAAAGACUACAUGGUCGACAACGACUACUUCGAUCCCACCUACGGUAUAACCCAUCGUCUUCUCUACCUCCAAUUGGCCAGAUCGCAAAAGUGCAGCCUCGAUGGGCGAUUGUACGAGGAGAGGACGUCCGCUUACUGCAGCUACAUCUAUUGGGAGAUCAAGCAGAAUCGGAGAUUCGGUUUCAUGCAGGAACUCGACGAUCUGCUGCUGGAACAAAUAACUCUUUGCGGUUUCGAAGGCUACGACAACUUCUUCGAGGAUUCGCUCGUAUCUCACGUCCUGCAGAUCCAGACCCCAUUCGGAUGUUUCCGGAUACCGGAAGCGCUCUUCGAGACGAACGGCGACGAUCUUAAACGGACCGCGAACAUCAUCAAGCACGGAUGCAACGAUCACACGACCGGCUUAGGCAUCUCCACUUUAUCCCUAAUCCUACGCUACCUACUCAAAUAAACUACACUUAAUCGCCGCUAAUAUCCAAUAUGAAGCACGCCUUCUUCAAAUUAUCAAUAAACUGCUACAAAUAAAGUGAAUUA